AUGGGCAGUAAAGACUCUCAAACCUGGCUUGAGAAGCUGGAAGAACAGCUGAACAUUGAUGUCGACUGGAUGGACCCCGAGUACAUCAAAUCCAUGCCAAUCAAACCUCAUGACCAGACGAGCAACCAGCUUUGGGUCGAUAUCCAACUUGGGCAUGAGUCUAAUGCCGAGCUUCUUGCUCAGACUGCAAACGAGCUCAAAGACCAGGGAUGGUUGGCCAUCUAUACCCGAAUGGCUGUGUUGAUGUGCAAGAAAAACAUCAACCUCAUCCGCGGUCGAGUCCUCCUCCAGACAUUGCCCUCCAAAGCCUACGACACCCAGGCCACCCUCUCCCAUGCUCGCCUAUACGACCAAGAGUUCGCCCGUGCCGGCAUCGGUAGAGAUAGAUACUGCAUCAAGAUUCCAUCUACUGGUCCUGCUUUGAACGCGGCCAAGAUUCUGAGUGCAGAGGGUAUUCCCACCCUUGGCACAGCGCUGUUCAGUCUUGCGCAGGCCAUUGCUUGUAGCCAAGCUGGCAUGCUCUACAUCAGCCCUUACUACAACGAAACUCGUGCACACGAUGAUCACAAACUCUGGCCCAAUGUCAAGGAUCCCGCGACAGAGCAUCCCAUGAGCGCUCGUCUGUACCAGAUUCUACGAACGUACGAGCGCUUAUACAAGGAGACUGGCAAGGAGCAGCCUCUCUUGAAGAAUGCAAGCUUCAUCUCCCCACAGGAGGCCAUGGCAGCAGGCGAACUCGGCUGCCACUCCGCGACCAUCUCCCACACCGUUCUAAACCAACUCGCCGAACUCAAGUACGAUCCUGCCGCGCAACCCGGGGAGGGAAAGCCGAAGCCUUCCCACGUAUACAAGACCCCAGUCACGCCACCGAAGCGAUUCGAAAAGCUGGCGGCAAUUGAUCCGCUAGCCCCGACGGGAUGGGAUGGGAAACUGGCCAGCACCGAUGUCGACUACCUGGCUAAUGGUGGUGCGGAGCUUGCCAAGGCGAUUGAGGCGGAUCCGGUCACAAAGGAAAGAUUGGCGGUUGCCUUGGAGCUGUUUACUGGAGGUGAGUUGAGGAGCAAAGACAAGGUUGAGGUUGCUCUUAAAAGUGUGGUUUAG